AUGGCAACUUUAAGUGAAAAAAAGACCUGCAGCGAACGGAUGGAAAAUUUCCGGCUUUUCGUCUGGAAUCCAGAAACGAAGCAGUUUAUGGGAAGGACCUUGAUUAACUGGGUGUGGAUCAGCCUGUACUACCUCGCUUUCUACGUGGUGAUGACAGGGCUUUUUGCGCUGUCCUUGUACUCCUUAAUGCGGACGCUGAACCCCUACGAGCCGGAUUAUCAAGAUCAGCUGAAGUCCCCAGGUGUGACGUUACGACCGGACGUGUACGGGGAGCGGGGACUGCAAAUCUAUUACAACGUGUCUGACAACAGAACCUGGGAUGGAUUUGUGACAACUCUGCACACUUUUCUAUCAGCAUAUACGCCAGCUGCUCAGCAUCAGAACAUCAACUGCAUGAGGGAUGAAUACUUCAUCCAGGACACCUUUGAUGGCCCAAAUAAAACAAAAUUAUCCUGCAAAUUUACAUUGGAUAUGCUUCAAAACUGCUCUGGCCUCACAGAUCCUACAUUUGGAUUUCCAGAAGGAAAACCCUGUUUAAUUAUAAAAAUGAACAGGAUCAUCAAGUUUUACCCUGGCAAUGGCACUGCACCAAAGGUGGACUGCACCUAUGGUGAUGAUUCUCGCCCCCUGGAAGUAGACUACUACCCCAGGAACGGCACCUUUAACCUGCACUACUUCCCUUACUAUGGAAUAAAGGCUCAGCCCACCUACACUAAUCCUUUGGUAGCUGUGAAACUUCUCAACAUUACAAGGAAUGAAGAAUUUAAAAUAGUGUGCAGAGUGAUUGGAACUGGAAUUAUCUCUGAUAAUAUUCACGAUCCCUAUGAAGGAAAAGUGGAAUUUAAGCUGAAAAUAGAUGACUAA